UUUCCCUCAGAAGAUAGGUACUUUUAUAAAUGUCGAGCCAUACACAGUUGUUCCUCAUCGGGGAAUGCAAUUCAUUACUGCCCUUAUUACUGAUUGUUAGCCUAUUUGCAUUUUUGAAAAGAAUACAAAUAAAACCAUAGAAUAACCCUUACAUCAAGCUAAACAGUUGAGAACCACUACCAGUUCCUUUUGGAUCCUUUGAAAAAUUGUACUUUCAAUUAUAAAGCGUUCUUCAAUGUGGCGUUGCUGUUAGUUUUAAGUUUCCAUGCUUGGCGAACAGGCGUUACUAAACAUUUCUUAUUGUUUGCAGGGAUCAAAACCGACCAAAGAUUCUGCAAACCCAAAUGAAGGACUAGUAGAAGAUCUUUGGACCUUAGUCUUCAACCUGGAGGAAGAUGAAUAUGAUGUUUUUUCAAACAAUUGGAUCCAAGAUGAUAAGGAAAUCGAACAAGGCGUAUUCAACGCUAAAUAUCCUCCAGAGAACUUUAAUGCCAAUGUUUUAGCAAAAAAAGGACAACAAUAUGCGGAUAAUUGGAAAACUGUGACCGUCAAAUUAAUCGAAAAGAACUAUCACAUCAUGGGAAAAUUCACGAGCUCCCCUAAAACUACAAAACUAAAAAUUAAGGAUGGGACGGAGAAACGCAAAUUUUUUGGCGAGUUCACAGACGAAGAAUCAACUAUAUACAUCAAUGCCUGGGGCGAGAACAUUCCAAACGAAGAUCUUUCUGCCAAAAAAAUCAAGUUCUUUAACUUGGUAUUAAAAGAAUACAAAAGUACGAAACAUCUCGAAUAUAAUUAAAGAUCUUUCUAUGAAUUUGUAAACGAAUAAUUCACCUGCAAUAAAAUCCUUAUAUGUAUUAAAA